GAAUGCGACUUCCGGCCUUCGUCAGUGCUUGCUUGAGAUUUUUUUUUUCUUACUUGUUUUUGUUCUUAUUCUUCCUCCGCAAAUACUUUAUCUUGAAAGCCACUCUAUCCUGUACUGCAACCCCAACUGAAAAAUUCAACCUUUGAUGCUUUCAUGUUGAUACUUGAAUGCCCACUGAAAUGCAUAUUUAUAGAAACAAGAAGCUGCAGGACUAAGUCCAGAUGGAGAACAAAGAUUUCCUGCAGCACAGCUGUUGAGAAGCACUAUCAUGAUGGUCUUUUUAUUGAUAAACGUGGGAGACUCAGAUCCUUUAACCGCAAGAAGAUGUCCAGGAAAAGAUGUGGUUCAUUAAGGGGACGAGGAUGGAAAUACGGUUCUGGGUUUGUUGAUGGAAUCUUCCCAGUUUUGAGCCCUAUUGCUAAUCAAAUCCUGAACUUUGUACAGAAUGAAGCGAAUUCUAAUAGAAUUUGGGAUGCGCUUGAUACUCUUCCUCAUACUCAUAGUACUUGGGAUGAUCUUAUCAAUGUAGCUGUUCAACUUCGUUUGAAUAAAAAAUGGGAUUCAAUUAUAUUGAUAUGUGAAUGGAUACUAUACCGGAGCUCCUUCCGCCCAGACGUUAUGUGCUACAAUUUACUCAUAGAAGCUUAUGGACAGAAAACUCUACACAAGAAGGCAGAGUCGACAUACUUAGAUCUACUUGAAGCUCGAUGCAUCCCUACUGAAGAUACUUAUGCUCUUCUUCUGAAGGCAUAUUGCUCAUCCGGGGUGCUGCAGAAAGCAGAAGCGACUUUUGGCGAGAUGCGGAAGUAUGGCCUUUCCCCAAGUGCAACCGUAUACAACGCUUAUAUUGAUGGGCUAAUGAAGAGUGGACACAGCCAAAAAGCUGAGGAAAUAUAUAAGAGGAUGAAAAGAGAUGGCUGUGAACCAUCGACUGAAACUUACACAUUGUUAAUCAACCUAUACGGAAAGGCAAGCCAAUGCUAUGUUUCCUUAAAGUUGUUCAACGAAAUGAAGAGUCAGAAAUGCAAACCAAAUAUCUGCACCUACACUGCCAUGGUGAAUGCAUUUGCUAGGGAAGGACUUUGUGAAAAGGCUGAAGAAAUAUUUGAGCAGCUUCAAGAAGCGGGCUUUGAGCCUGAUGUUUAUGCAUACAAUGGUCUCCUGGAAGCCUAUAGCCGUGCAGGUUUUCCAUAUGGUGCGGCAGAAGUGUUUUCACUCAUGCAACACAUGGGGUGUGAACCGGACAGAGCUUCGUUCAAUAUCAUGGUUGAUGCUUAUGGAAGAGCUGGUCUUCACGAGGAUGCACAAGCUGUAUUUGAAGAAAUGAAGCGUCUAGGGAUAAUGCCAACAAUGAAAUCGCACAUGCUACUUCUAUCUGCGUACUCUAGAGCAGGAAACGUAGGUAAAUGUGAGGACAUUGUAAACCAGAUGCACAAAUCUGGUCUCAAACCAGACACUUUUGUUCUCAACAGCAUGCUCAAUCUGUAUGGCCGAUUAGGUCAACUUGAAAAGAUGGAAGAAGUCCUAACUGCAAUGGAGAAAGGACCUUAUGCUACUGAUAUCAGCACGUAUAACAUAUUGAUCAACACAUAUGGUCGGGCAGGAUUUUUCGAGAGAAUGGAAGGGCUCUUCCAGUCCCUCCACACCAAAAAUCUGAUACCUGAUGUGGUGACUUGGACUUCUCGGCUUGGAGCGUACUCUAGAAAGAAAUUAUACACAAGAUGUUUGGAAAUUUUUGAAGAAAUGAUCGAUGCUGGUUGUUACCCAGAUGGCGGAACUGCAAAAGUACUUCUCUCAGCAUGUUCAAGUGAAGAUCAGAUUGAGCAAGUAACUACUGUCAUUAGAACAAUACACAAGGAUAUGAAGAAUGUUCUGUUACCCGUUUGAUGGUUGCUUGUAUUGUUUAGUCUCCUGUACUGGAGGACUAAGUUUUGGUCAAACAUCAAGUUGCUUGGCUUGUGUAUGCUGAUUAGCGCUAACUGUGAUGGAUCCUGUAAAUAUUGUGAAUAAAUGAAAAGCAUUAACAUGAA